UCUUUGGUGUAGCACAUUCAAGUUGGUAGCGUCCUAGAUAUUAAGAAAAUGAGGGGGAUAUUGGUCCUCUGUCUCACUGUUACGGUUGCCUUGGCGGCUGAAACUGGAAGGUACAAUCCUCUCCAGUUCUUCACAACGACGACGCCUAGGUAUUUAACGACAAAGUCUGACAGUGUUGGGCGUUACAAUCCAGGGAAAUAUAAUCCUGGGAAGUACGACCCUGGCCGUUACGACCCUGGUCGCUAUGACCCCGGUCGCUAUGACGCUGGACGCUACAGUGGUGGACGCUACGAUAGCUCUGGAAGAUACAUCCCCGACGGGUCAGGAGCUUACAACGGGGACCGCGGUGACCGCGGCGGUGCUGGAGGUUUCUACUCAGGUUCAAGCAGUGCGGGAGGCGCGGGAGGCUUCUACAGCGGGUCGGGCUCCGCGGGUGGUGCGGGGGGUGCUUACACCGGCUCCGGCUCCGCAGGUGGUGCGGGGGGUGCUUACACCGGAUCGGGUUCCGCUGGUAGCUCAGGUGGAGCUUACGAUGGUCAAGGCGAUUCGAACAAGUCUUCUUCUGAUAGCGGAGAUGCCAAGGAAACUGCUUUUGUGUCUACGACACCACAGUAUGUUUCUACCACCGAAGCACCGAGACCAACGACAAUCAUCGCUCCGAGCCCUUCUCCUUCUAGCCCAAGCCCUGUGCCAGUUUUCGUGCCAACAUACAAGCCCACUCAACAACCCUACGUCGCUCCUUCAAUCAGACCUUACGAUGAAACCUACUUGAACAGAUACGACAUUAUCCGUUUGUAUCACGAUUACCUUCCUCCUGGUGGUUACCAUUACCUUCUUGAGACUGAAAACAAAAUCCUCGCCGAACAAGACGGCAAGGUCGAGCAAAUAGACAAAGACAACUAUGGUCCCAGAGUUAAAGGAUUCUACGAGUACCUCGGUCCCGACGGUGUUACUUACAGAGUCGACUACACCGCUGAUGAGUUUGGUUACAAGCCAGUGGGUGUUCAUCUACCUUAAAUGCUCUAGUCACUAAAAUUGUGUAAAUUGUUAGGAAUAUUUUAGCAUUGCUUUUUUGCUAAUAAACAUAUUGUAUUAUCACAUUUAUUGGUAUUCCUGAUGAAAUAAAAUAUAUAUUUUUAAGUAAU